GAGCAGGGAAGCCCACAGUGGUGUGAGCUCCGGGGGCUGCCAGCAGCCCGCAGUCCUGCCCAUUCUGUCUGGGACCCAGGAUCACUCUGUGAACAACUUGGACCAGGAGAGGAGGAGGACAGCAAGGAGAGAGCCAGGCCCCUCUGACCAGCUCCGCCGGGCGGCAGCCUGUGCGGAGCGGCACAGACAGCCAGACCCAGGGCGGCCCCUCCUGGCUACCCUGCUCUUCCCGAGGAUGCUUUGGGCGUGAGGCCACUCCUCACCCCUGCAGCCCCCCACUCCCUCCCUUCUCCGGAGGCUCCGGGAGCCCACAACGAUCCUUUCUGCCCUCCUAUCCAGCUGCUUCCUCAUUUCUGGCCAGCAAAGACUUUCUGAUAACAGUGAUCAGAUAGGGCAGUGAGGAGGACUUCCUGGAGGGGGUGACAGCCCAGAGCCCGGGACCUUGACCACACCAGAAGGCAUCAGCAGCAAGGACACCAUGCUGCUCCUGAGUGCAAUGCCAGCUCCUGUGCUCAGAGGCCAGGCGCUGCUGCUGCCCCUGCUGUUGUUGCUGGGACCACAGGCCUCCGGAGGUCUGGUCAUCACACCUCCAGGGCCAGAAUUGGUCCUCAAUAUCUCCAGCACUGUGGUUCUGACCUGCUCGGGUCCAGAUCCAGUGGUGUGGAAACGGAUGUCCAAAAAGCUCCCACAAGAAAUGACCAAGACCCAGGACGGCAAUUUCUCCAGCAUCCUGACGCUGACCAAUGUCACUGGGAUAGACACAGGAGAAUACCUUUGUACCUAUAAUAACUCCCAUGAGCUGGAGGCUGGUGAGCAGAAACGGCUCUACAUCUUUGUGCCAGAUCCCACCAUGGGCUUCCUUCCUAUCUACCCCGAGGAAUUAUUCAUCUUUCUCACGGAAGUAACUGAGACCACAAUCCCAUGCCGAGUGACGGAUCCACAACUGGUGGUGACCCUGCAUGAGAAGAAAGUGGAUGAUCCACUGCCCAUCCCCUACGACCACCAACGUGGCUUCUUUGGGACCUUUGAGGACAAGACCUAUGUCUGCAAAACCACCAUCGGGGACAAGGAGGUGGAUUCCGACCCCUACUAUAUCUACAGCAUCCAGGCAUCAUCCAUCAAUGUCUCGAUGAAUGCAGUGCAGACUGUGGUUCGCCAGGGGGAGAACAUCACCAUCACGUGCAUUGUGACUGGGAACGAGGUGGUCAACUUUGACUGGACGUACCCCCGUGAGGAGAGUGGACGACUAGUGGAGCCGGUGACCGACUUUGACAUUCCCUUCCACAUUCGCUCCACCCUACACAUCCCCGGUGCCGAGCUCGGCGACUCAGGCACCUACAUCUGCAAUGUAUCUGAGAGUGUGUACGACAAUCAAGAUGAAAAAGCCAUCAAUGUCACCGUGGUUGAGAGUGGCUACGUGCGCUUGCUGCGGGAGCUGGACGCUGUACAGUUCGCGGAGCUGCACCGGAGCCGGACGUUGCAGGUGGUGUUCGAGGCCUACCCGCCGCCCACUGUCAUGUGGUUCAAGGACAACCGCACGCUGGGCGACUCCAACGCGGGCGAGAUCGCCCUAGCCACUCGCAACGUGUCCGAGACUCGGUAUGUGUCAGAGUUGACACUGGUGCGGGUGAAGGUGGCCGAGGCUGGUCACUACACCAUGCUGGCCUUCCACGAGGACGCUGAGGCCCAGCUCUCCUUCCAGCUGCAAAUCAAUGUGCCUGUCCGUGUGCUGGAGCUGAGUGAGAGUCAUCCUGCCAAUGGGGAGCAGACGGUCCGCUGCCGCGGCCGGGGCAUGCCUCAGCCUCACCUCAUCUGGUCUACCUGCAGUGACCUCAAAAGGUGUCCGCGGGAGCUGCCGCCCACGCUGCUGGGGAACAAUUCCAUGGAGGAGAGUCAGCUAGAGACUAACGUGACGUACUGGGCGGAGCAGCAGGAGUUCGAGGUGGUGAGCACGUUGCGCCUGCACCGCGUGGAUCAGCCACUGUCCGUGCGCUGCACGCUACGAAACCUGCUGGGCGAUGACACGCAGGAGGUCAUCCUGGUGCCACAGUCCCUGCCCUUCAAGGUGGUGGUGAUCUCAGCCAUCCUGGCCUUGGUGGUCCUCACGAUCAUCUCCCUCAUCAUCCUCAUCAUGCUCUGGCAGAAGAAGCCCCGCUAUGAGAUCCGAUGGAAGGUGAUUGAAUCUGUGAGCUCUGAUGGCCAUGAAUACAUCUACGUGGACCCGAUGCAGCUGCCCUAUGACUCCACCUGGGAGCUGCCACGGGACCAGCUUGUGCUUGGACGUACCCUGGGCUCCGGGGCCUUUGGGCAGGUGGUGGAGGCUACAGCUCACGGCCUGAGCCACUCUCAGGCCACGAUGAAAGUGGCGGUGAAGAUGCUGAAAUCCACGGCCCGCAGCAGCGAGAAGCAAGCCCUCAUGUCGGAGCUGAAGAUCAUGAGCCACCUCGGGCCCCACCUGAACGUGGUCAAUCUGCUGGGAGCCUGCACCAAAGGAGGGCCCAUCUACAUCAUCACCGAGUACUGCCGCUACGGUGACCUGGUGGACUACCUGCACCGCAAUAAGCACACCUUCCUGCAGCACUGCUCAGACAAGCGCCGCCGGCCCAGCGACGGGCUCUACAGCAACGCCCUGCCCGUCGGGCUGCCCCUGCCCAGCCACAUGUCCCUGCCUGGGGAGAGUGACGGUGGCUACAUGGACAUGAGCAAGGAUGAGUCAGUGGACUACGUGCCCAUGCUGGACAUGAAAGGAGACAUCAAAUACGCUGACAUCGAGUCCUCCAACUACAUGGCUUCGUACGAUAACUACGUCCCCUCCGCUCCUGACAGGACCUGUCGGGCGACUUUGAUCAAUGAGUCCCCAGUGCUCAGCUACACGGACCUUGUGGGCUUCAGUUACCAGGUGGCCAAUGGCAUGGAGUUCCUGGCCUCAAAGAAUUGUGUCCACCGAGACCUGGCAGCCAGGAAUGUGCUCAUCUGUGAGGGCAAGCUGGUCAAGAUCUGUGACUUUGGCCUUGCUCGUGACAUCAUGCGAGACUCUAACUACAUCUCCAAAGGCAGCACCUUCCUGCCGCUGAAGUGGAUGGCCCCCGAGAGCAUCUUCAACAGCCUCUACACCACCCUGAGCGACGUGUGGUCCUUCGGGAUCCUGCUCUGGGAGAUCUUCACCCUGGGGGGCACCCCGUACCCGGAGCUGCCCAUGAACGAGCAGUUUUACAAUGCCAUCAAGCGGGGUUACCGCAUGGCCCAGCCUGCCCACGCCUCCGACGAGAUCUACGAGAUCAUGCAGAAGUGCUGGGAGGAGAAGUUCGAGAUCCGCCCCCCCUUCUCCCAGCUGGUGCUGCUUCUCGAGAGGCUGCUGGGAGAGGGUUACAAAAAGAAGUACCAGCAGGUGGAUGAGGAGUUUCUCAGGAGCGACCAUCCCGCUGUCCUUCGGUCCCAAGCCCGCUUCCCCGGCUUCCAUGGCCUCCGAUCGCCGCUGGACGCCAGCUCGGUCCUCUACACUGCUGUGCAGCCCAACGAGGGCGACAACGACUAUAUCAUCCCCCUGCCCGACCCCAAACCCGAGGUCGCUGAUGAGGGCCCACUGGAGGGUUCCCCCAGCCUUGCCAGCUCUACCCUGAAUGAAGUCAACACCUCCUCGACCAUCUCCUGUGACAGCCCCCUGGAGCCCCAAGACGAACCAGAGCCCGAGCCCCAGCCUGAGUCCCAGGUGGAGCCAGGGGCAGAGCCGGAGUGGCUGCCCGAUUCAAACUGCCCCGGGCCUCUGGCUGAGGCGGAAGACAGCUUCCUGUAGGGGGCUGGCCCCCGCCCUGCCCUGCCCGAAGCUCCCCUCUACCUCCCAGCACCCUGCGCCUCCUGGCCUGUCCUGCCGGGCCUCCAUCAGCCGGGCUGCUCCCAUCCGCUGUCCCCUGACAUGUGGCACCCCAACCCCUGGGGCUGGCUUAGGAGGCAAGAGACCUGCAGGGGAGGCCAUGGGACUGAGCCAGGGUUCUCCCAAAGACUCAGUUGCCCCAUCUGUAAGAUGGGAAAGUUGGACUUGGUGACCCACCAUCUGGGAUUUUCCACCCCCCCCCUCCCCCGGCUGACAGGUGGGGAAGGUGGAAUCCCUGGGGAGAUUCUCAAGGUUCAUGAGGUGGUAUAUGAACUUUUUUUCUGUUCAGCCAGCUACCCCUCAAGGAGCUGCAGCUCUCUUCUUGUCCUUUAUCCACCUAAAAGCUGGGGAGGGACCCUGGUAUCCCUGGCUCCUGGCUGAGCCGGAGCCUGGCCUUGGACAGCGUUGGCUCCUCCCCCCAACGUCAGUCUUUGCUCUCCCUGGCCCGAGCUGGUCUGGGGCCAUCCAUGCUUCGCUGAAGGCAGGGGCCGAGCCAAGUCCAGGACGGCUGGCCUGCAGCCCCUGCCCCGGGCACUCCGGGCGCACCUCCCCACAGAAAGCGCCCGUGUCCAUGUCUCCCUGGCUCUGAGUCCUGGGGCCUUUUUCCUCAUCACUGCCAGUCUUAUUCCACCCAGAGUCUCCAGGCCAGACAGACCCGCAUCUGUGAUGAGCGUGUGGACAUGCCUGUGGGAAGCAUCCAUACGUGAGGGCCCGUCUGUGGACCAUGUGAACCCUAGACCCUCAGAGACCUUGCCGGAAUCCCUUGCCCUCUCUGGGCCCUUUGUCCCUGUUGAAAAAUGAGCAGGUUGGACUCAUUGACUUCUGGUGCCCUGCUAACACUAACAUUGUAGACUAGUCCUGGGGUUGCACACUUGCCUGGAUAAAGCAAAGCCAAACACCCCAAACCUCCAUCCUGGGGGUCAGCUAGGGUCUGGGGAGAUGCCAGACCACACACCACACUCCAGGCACUCAGGAACUGUGCCCCCUCCUCAGUGCCCAGGCCUUGCCUCGGAGUGGCAGCCAGCAUCUUGGAGAGCCCUGAGCAGCCGCCCAGGGGCGUGGGAGACCGCGGGAGCCUGUCAGCACCCGCAGCGACCUCUGCAGCUAUCCUGGGCCAAGGAGGCAAAGAGGCAAAUCAGAGCACCCGGCGCCGCCUUCUCCAACACCUGCUGCCCAGGUCUGUGCCGAAGACGAUGGCAGUUAGGGCCCCGGGGGGCCCGGAACAACAAGGAGCCUUGGAUGGGGCACCUGAGAAAGGGGUGCGAGAGGUGGGUACUCUAAAGGUGGCCUUCUCAGCUGCCAGCUACUCCACCCCUGAGGCAGUAGCCAUGGGGUGUGGCUCUGUCACUGCCAGGGCCACUCACCUCACUGAAUGCCAGCCACCCAGCCCAGUGGGCACCGAAGAGCUAACCGAGGGAAGGCUGUGGCCAAGACUGCCGGAGGGGGAGGGCUGGAGAGGGGGUGAGGAGAGACCAGCUCUCUGGGCAUCAGCCCCUAUGCUGGUUGGCACCGCCCUGCCCCGACUGGGUUAAAGAGAGGGACUGGGUUUUCACUACGGUACCAAAGAUGUAAUCACCUAGGUUUACAAGUAUUUUUAGGACUCACAUUAACUCACAUUUAUACAACAGAAAUACUAUUUUAUAUGACAUCAAAUUUCCUAUCCGUGUACUUUUUUUAAGGGAAAGAUUUUAAUAUUAA